GUUGGAGUCUAGAGAUUUUCGGUCACAUCUGUGAAUCAACUAGCCUCACAACCUCAAUUGUCGAUAUAACAAUGGCGACACCACAACCUAGCCAACCGGACGAACCCCCCUACCCCUCUUACAGAGAGCUUCGGAGCGAGUGUUUGCCUGUCAGGCUCUCUCCUGAUGUCGCCCAGCGUCUCUCUUGGCCUCUUGAUGGUGUCUUUCCCACCGCAAUUUCCGUUAUGACGACCUCUCGCAGUCCGGACUCUCUCGAACCGUACUUCCAACCAGAUGCUGAGGGCAGCAGUAGCGGCACGUGGCAUGAGAUCUCGCAAUUGCCCCUUACCGAACCAAAGGUCUCAUCUGUUGAGGCUUCUGUCUCCGACCUCAAUCAUUGGGAGGAGGUGUGGCUAGGGCAGCAUAGGGAGCACAUCGACGUCGAGUAUGUAACCUAUGGAGAUCUUAGCGAUGAUGACCGGCCUUACCCGUCGGAGAUGGAGGAGGACGGCGGCUGGGAGUCAGAUUCGGAUACAGAAUUUCUUGUGAGAUGCUGUGGAGAAGACAGACCGCUGAGAAAGGCAGCGAAGUUAGUGGUCACGCCUUCUGCAGGCAAUCACUUUGUUACGGUGCAAGACUACGUGAGCGCCGUGCAUCCCUGGCUCAUGAGCUUGCGUGGGGAUAUCUUGAAAGCUAAGACAGUUAUACUUGGCAAUCCUUCGUCAAUGCCAACCGAAUUCAUGGUGAAAAGUGGGCCGGAAUCUAUGAUGAUAGAAGAGAAGGAGUACUGGAUUCAGGGGAUGCGCGGUGGCCCGCGACCUAGCACUGUCCCUGCCUCAAUCCUCAAUAGGUUACGUAGGAAUAGGUAAUAUAGUGUUUACCUCAUCGUCCAAUCCAUUACUUAGCCUGAUAAGAUUUAUUAACUAUACGCUAUAGAUGACGAAUAAAUGGCCUACAACGUAUUUGUGGGUAUGAAUACGGAGGAAAACGAAGAAGUGAC